UCUCGACAUCUUUUAGUUCCGUUCUCCGCUAGUUAUCUAGCUGUAUUACUGCAUUACACCUUUAUUUAAAUUAGCUGCAAGAUGCGAGAGGCCUGCAUGAGGACUGUGACUCAUCGUCAAGCUAGUCAACUUCUCCAUAACAAAUUUGUUGUUGUGCUUGGUGAUUCAAUUCAGCGGUCUGUGUACAAAGACUUGGUGUUGCUUUUGCAAAGAGACUCUUAUCUGUCGUUAUCCCAGCUCAAACGCAAGGGAGAGCUGUCCUUUGAACAAGACUGUUUAAUAGAGGGUGGGAGACUAGGUCAUAUGAACAAUGGCACAGAGUACAGAGAAGUUCGUCAGUAUCGCACGGACCACCACCUGGUCCGGUUCUACUUCAUCACACGGAUCUUCUCUCGCUACAUGGAGAGCAUCCUUUCUGACUUCAAACAUGAGCUGAAGCCAGAUGUGGUCAUAGCGAGCUCCUGUGUUUGGGAUAUAUCAAGAUACAACCGUAAGUGGGUCCCAGAGUACAAGGAGAACCUAAAUAAAUUUUUUGUGCAGCUGAAGGCUGUUCUGCCAGAGGAUAGCCUUGUGGUCUGGAACAUGACCAUGCCGCUGGGCAAGAAGAUCAUAGGAGGCUUUCUGGUACCAGAGAUUCAGGACAUGGCCCAGACUCUUCGUUAUGAUGUGAUUGAGGCAAACUUCUAUGGUGCAAUGCUGGCAGAUGCAUAUGGGCUAGAUGUUCUAGACCUUCACUUUCACUUCCGGUUUAGCCUCCAGCAUCGCAUGAAUGAUGGGGUUCACUGGAAUGCUGUAGCUCACCGUUAUAUCACAUGCUUGCUGCUGGCUCAUUCUGCUCAGGCCUGGGGUGUAGAGCUGCCCAACCCUCUAGCCCCAGACCAGAGUAAGACGUGGUUGCUGGAUUACAAGCAGACUCCAAAUCAAAGUGACUACAGUCCAGCAAGGUCCAUGGCAGAUUCUGGUCAUUAUGGAGCUUGUGAACAACAGUUGCAGUAUGAUGGCUUUGGACCCCGUUAUUAUGAGGAUGCACUACCUACACGCUCUCGGUUCAGCACUGGUUACUUAAACUUUGAGAACAAAACUACCCAUAAUGGUGGGAGCUAUGACAACCGCCAUGGCCAUGGUGGUAAUGGCAGAACCAUGCUGCCGCCUGCUGCCCCCUCCUGCCCAGGGAACAACUUUGUGAUGAAGCAAAAACGCACAAAGCGGCAGUCUAACCCAUACUCUCGGCAUAAUUCAAUCCGGUCAUACAGAUACUGAAAACAAGCAAUAAUGUGAUUUGUUUGAUGGCUGAAAUGUAGUGAUGUUCUUUAAAACCCUCAUCAGAAGGAACUAAAUGUAGAAACACUUUGGAAGAAACUUUAUUCGUUUGUGUAAAGUAAGCUAUAAAUCCGUAAACUACUUUUUUUUUUUUUUUUUUUCUUCCUUUUUCUUCACUUUUUAUAAUGUGCCAUUGUGUAUUUAAAAAACAAACAAACAUGCAAACAAAAAAAUUGUUUACUUUAACACCUUAAGGUUUUUGUACAUCAUUAUUGGUGUUCUUAAUCAUCCCAGGCUUUUAUUGGCGGUAUUUUAUUUGGACACCAUUGUACUAUCUACAAUUUGCAAUUUGUGUAUUUUUAUAUGCCAUAUAAACCUCAACCCUGCUUUGCAUGGAUACACUGUUGGCUGUUUUGGAGUCUAUCAAAAUAUUGUAUGAGGCUAUAUUGGCUUUUUGUAAAGGGCUUUUGUUGUUUGUUUAAAACUUGGCACUUAUGCAAGUUACAAAUAAAAUGUUACAUGU